CUUUUUUCGCCGAACAUCAACAGCGAAGCAAUCGACUCCGCCGUUUGGGGAAGGGUGAUUUUGGGACGGAAAACACGCGACAGACCUCGCGCCAUCUCGACCAGAGGUGCCUUUGCAGCACGGCACCGAUCACAACUGCUGCGCGGCCAACCGCAACUAUGGCGAGCAAGGGAAUGAAGAGCCUCAACGAGGCUUUCAGAAGCCUGAGUCUUGCCGCACAGUCAUGCCGGACACUACCCGGCCGGCAAGUUUCAGCGGCUUACAGGAGGUCAAUGGCAACAGCAAGCGACCCUCGGCCAACCAACAUCACACGAUCCGUCACCGACGCGUGGGAUCCUAUAACCAGCGUCCCCCUAACCAUCUACUCCUUCCCCUCCCUCGAACCGCGCCUCCUCGAGUCCUGGUCCACAAAGCACCUGCACCUCCCUCUCCGCCGCGACAUUCUCCAUUUGGCCGUUGUCUUCGAAGGCGAUAAGACACGGCAGGGUACCGCUUCAUCAAAAACCCGCUACGAGGUUCAUGGCUCGCACCGCAAGCUCCGCCCGCAAAAAGGCAGCGGUCGCGCCCGCGUCGGCACAAAGCAGUCGCCCCUGCUCCGUGGCGGUGGUAAGACGUUCGGUCCCAAGCCGCGCGACUUCAGCACCAAGCUCAACCGCAAGGUGUACGACUUGGCCUGGCGCACCGCCCUCUCCUACCGGUACCGCCGCGGCGAGCUGAUCGUAACUGAGGACGGGAUGGAGCUGCCCCUGCCCGAGGACUUCCUCCAGCUGGCCGAGGCCGGCGUCCUCGGCCGCGAGCUCGAGGACGGCUUUGUCCGCAAGUACGUCGACGAGCUCAUGGCGGCACUGCAGUGGGACAAGACGAACGGCCGGACCACCUUCAUCACGGGCGACAGGCGGCCGAACCUAUUCACGGGUAUGGAGAUUGCCGGGGAGAACGGCCGGGCGCUGGAGCUGGAGGAUGUUGACGUCAAGGACCUGCUGGAGACGGGCAGGAUUGUUAUUGAGCGGAGCGCGCUCAGGGCGAUGAUCAAGGAGCACUCGAGCGAUCUUGAGACUCGCGUCGUGGUCAAGGGGCUGAAUCGGCGGCCAAGGCUGGGCCAGGCGAUUGUCUGGUGAGGAGGGGCUAGAUGAACCAUUGUAUACUGUACAAUAUCCAUUCAGCGCUCGCUGGCGAGGUGGAAGGCCCUGUCUUCAUGUACUAUGCAGUCGUUGUACAAAUGUAGCGUCUCAGUUCACGAUGCCUUGAAUCACACGGGUGAUCUAACUGG